AUGCAUCGCUACAUCCCUCGACGAGACGGAACUCCCCUGUCCGAAAAGAUCCGCAUGAAGCAAGAUCAUCUGCCACUGCCUACUACACCGCCUGCCUGCCGUCACCUCCCCGCUCCCGUUUCCGUCGUCGGACCGUCGGUCUUGUCCCCAACUUCUUCCAAGCGCUCUUCUCCAGCCUCGUCUACUCCCUGUAGACGAAUUAGAACAAAGUUCUUUGGGCCGCGGCCGAAGGAAGAGGAGGAACACCAACGACACGAAGAGGAAUUGGCCAAAGCCUUGGAGAUCGACAAGACUGCCAAGAUCCUCGAUUUCAGGGUGCAUCCGGCCCGGGCACCAAGAGCAGAGUAUACAGCCAAGAUAUUUACAUCUUCCACGGGUAACCUGCCAGCGGCGCCGUACAAAGUCCUCCAAGCGCCGGGCCUCGAGGAUGACUACUACCGCUCGCCCCUGGCCUACUCUUCUACCUGCCAAUGCUUAGCUGUGGCUCUGGGAAACACCGUCUACCGAUGGUCGGAAUGGCAUGAUCCCCAACCUGUCUACCGCACUCCUCACCAGCGACAUACGAGCCUGACAUCUCUGUCAUUUUCCUCAACCGAGGGAAACAAGGCCAUUCUGGCCUUUGCACGCAAGGACGGUUACUUUGGUCUCCUGUCGUUCAUUGACGAAAUGCUUCCGCGGUUUUGGUUUCACCACCCGUUUCCGGUCGAAUGUGACCUUCUAGUUGGCGAUGGUCGAGGAAAUAUCCUCCACUACAUCGUUGAGUGGCCCAGCUUGUGGGAGGUAUCUCGUGACACUUGGUUUGGAAAAGUGACGCCCGUUGCCAAGAUUGCAGCGCACACCUCGCAGAUUUGUGCAUUGGUCUGGUCUCCGAAUGGCCAAGACUUUGUUUCCGGGAGCAACGACAACACGGCCUGCUACUUUGAGAUACAACGAUUGGACAAACAGCGCGGGCACCGCAACUCAUCUUCGACUCUGAUCCGUAAAAGCCGCCGUGCAACAACUGAGGCUGGUGUUAUUGGAGGCAUCCCUAGAACGAUACAAGCACCUACAGAAGAUCUGCGAGUGUUUAAACGAGGAACGGAAACGCACUGCUGGCGACAUGAGGCUGCAAUAAAGGCAAUCGCAUUCUGCCCCUGGCAGAACGGGCUCGUUGCCACUGGCGGUGGCUUGGGCGACAAGUGCAUCCACUUCUUCCACACGACGUCUAGCACACCACUGGCCACCAUCGACGUCGGUGCGCAGGUCACCUCAUUGAUCUGGUCUACGACACGGCGGGAAAUAGCAGCUACGUUUGGCUACAGCCAUGGCUAUGCCCAAACCGAGCACCCAUACCGUCUUAUUGUCUUCAGCUGGCCGUCUUGUCGGCAAGUCGGAGCUAUUGCUUGGGCGGGUGGUCCGCGGGCCUUGUACGCCAUUCCAUACCCAGGAGGACCGUCAGAUGCGCUCGAGGGAAGUCGUACAGCAAAAGAAGGAACCAUUGUUGUGGCAUCGAGCGAUGAGACUCUCAAGUUUCAUGAAGUCUGGCAGGACAAGCCAAAAUCGACUACCGGAGGCGCCGUUGGGAUGUUGGGCGGUAGUGACAUUCUCGAGGCACUUGGUGGGAUCGAUAAGGAUGGAGACGUUAUUCGAUAA